GUGGUUUAAAAGCUUGGAAACCUUCAGACUCAUAAACCAUUCUGGAGAGCAUCAUAUGUAAUCUACAGGAAAAAGGUUAAAGAAUUUUAUUUCACCUUUCUUCACCGUUCUUCUGUGAUGCGUGAUAGUGAAUAUAUUUUAAUGUUUAUCUGUAAUAGGCUUUUUUCUAUGCUUAUGAAAUGUUAAUUACAUGUGUAUAUGUAUAUAUAUAUUUAGCACAUUCAUACAAAUGAAAAAUUAACUGGAUUAUCUAAUUAUAAGAAUGUCAGCAACAAAUGACAUAGGUGGUAUUUCACUUUUUACUUCUCUGGAAAAUUUUCAUUAAAAUGUCAAAAAUAUACAUGGUAGACAUAUACUUACUAAAAUUUGAAAGUUAUAUUUUUAAUGCAUAUUGGUUUUCAAGUUAUGAGAAUCAAUUUAUAAAUAUUUGUAGAUUUUCUCAGAAUCAAGAAGCAACUUGUAUUUCGCUUACUACCUUUUCAUUCAGUGAUUCAUCAUAUAUCUAUUUAUAAAUUAUCAGGAAGCCACAAAUUUCCUUGGAAAUUCACUGGUUUAUAUUUCCCAUUGUAAUCUUUAAAUACAUAUGCACAAUAGACUGUGAUGUAUAAAUUUCCAACCUUUUUUCUUAUAAUUGUCAUUGAGUUUGAAGUCUUAAUUUCUGGAUUUUUUCUAAGUGUAUAUUUUAUUUGAUCAUGCACUUCUGGGUCACUGGUGAGUGAAAAAAAAGAAUGGACAUAAGAAAAGAUUAGAGAGAAAAGUUUAUGAGAAACAAACGUGAACUUAAGAUACAUGUGACUUUUACAGGAUUGAUUUAAUCAUGGAAAGAAGAUUGAACUUAAUCUAACAUGUCAAAAUUUACUUAAAAUCAAGUUCGAGUUGAGACAUAAAGGAUAAACUUGCCCAGGGGCAAAGUGUUAACUUAUGAAUACAGUGAAAUGCUAUUAUUAUGCUACUAAAUGCUAUUAUUAUGGAGACAUAAUAGAGGCUCAAUAAAUGUUAAAUUUCACUUUUAAAUUUUGAAUCAAUAUAUUGGUUUAAGUGAUUUUUCCCUCCUUCUUCCACUGGAAUGUAAACUCCAUGAAUUUCACGAGCUUUGAAGUUGUCUACCGUUAUCUUCCCUCGGUGGCCAGACAAGACCUUGAUAAACUUGGAUGCUCAGUAAAAUACUUGUUGAAAAGAAUGAAUGAACGGAUGCCGUCAAAGUGGAAUAUGCUAAGUGAAGGAAUUGUUCCUAAGAGCUUUUCAUGUCAGGAGUGGUCAACAUAAUCUUCUGCAUUCGUUAAUGGAAUAACCAUGAGUAUAACAACACUGCAACAAUUUGGUGAGAUAAUAUUUGUGAUGUUUACCAUACCCAGAGUUGAGCUUAAAUUCUAAUUAAAAAUUAAAAGAUAAAACAUACUGAGUAACAUGACAAAAUUAACUGCUUUAACGCAAAGUGGCAAUUGUUCAGUAUUCCUAUUUAAUUGAGUCAUAAACUAUUGUCUCCUUUAUAUUAUAAGUUGAAGUGUGCCCUGCCUGAAUAACUUGAAAAAUGAAAAAAAUGUGUUUCUUUGUCUAAUUAUUUAGAGUAAUUAUCUACAAUGGCUAAAUCCAUUCAUCUCUUCUUUAUACUAUUUCCUCUUUAUGCAUCUCAACUUUCAUCAUAAACACUUAAUAUAAAUGACGAUGUUCAUGUUGACAUUGAAAAAGGUGAAGUCCAAUUUUUGUUUCUAUUGUGUUUUGCUUUCUGUGGGUAUAUGUUUCCCACUCCUACUCCAGAAUUCAGGUUAACAAAUGCAAAAUAGUCUCAGAAGGACAGGUAGGAUCCAUGAAACAGAAACUUCCAUUUGCAUCUUAACAAAUUGCAGGUCAGCAUACAGUCUGGACACCCAUUCUGUAGAGAAGCUGAAUUUUAUAGACAUAACUGAAAGUGUCUCCAUGAAGCUCUUUUGGAUUCCAUCACAAGGCAUUAAUUGGGGCAAUUUUAAGUGUUUAUGUAAUGAAAGAGACGAAAAUCAUUCUUCCAUCAAGCAGCAAUAUAUGCCUCAUUCUGCAGCAGGUAAUUCAAAAUCGAUGUGACAAAGAAAUAUUAGGGAUUGUCAGAUAUGCUAAGUGUAGGAGAAGGCCUCCUUCUUUUUGUAGCAGUUAGUGAGUCAGUACUGGGGGUUUUAGGGAACGGAUUUAUUGGACUUGUAAACUGCACUGACUGUGUGAGAAACAAGAAAUUCUCUAUGAUCAGCUUUAUUCUCACUGGCUUAGCUACUUCGAGAAUUGGUCUGUUAUGGAUAAUAAUUACAGACGGAUUUGUAAGGAUAUUCUUUCCAGAAAUGUAUUCGUCCGGUAACCUGGUUGACUAUAUUAGUUACUCAUGGAUAAUUCUGAAUCAAUUAAGUGUCUGUCUUGCCACCAGCCUCAGUGUCUUCUGUUUCCUGAAGAUAGCAAAAUUUUCCCACCACAUUUUUCUCUGGUUGAAGAGGAGACUCAACAGGGUUCUUCUCAUUCCGAUGGGAUUAUUGCUAAUUUCAUGGUUAUUUACUUUUCCACAGAUGGUGAGGAUUAUUAGUGAUAAUAGAAUAAGAAAUGGAAGUACAACUGGGGUAACCAACAUGCCCAAACAUAAAUACCUUACAUACCAGGUUUCUCUCAAUCUGGGGACCAUUCUCCUCUUUCUACUCUGCCUGAUUACGUGUUUCCUAUUGAUCAUUUCCCUUUGGAGGCACAACAGGAAGAUGCAACUGAAUGCCACAGGAUUCAGGGACCCCAGCACAGAAGCACAUAUCAAAGCAAUGAAAGUCUUGAUAUCUUUUGUCAUCUUGUUUUUCUUAUAUUUUGUAGGCGUUGCUAUAGAAACAUAUCACUAUACUCAGCCAGAAAACAAAGUGCUAUUUACUUUUGGUAUGGCAACCAUAGCCAUCUAUCCCUGGGGUCACUCAUUUAUCCUAAUUCUAGGAAACCGCAAGCUGAAGCAAGCCUCUUUGAAGGUACUGAAGCAUGUAAAGUGCUGGGAAAGAGAGAAACUUCUCAGAAUUCCAUGAUGGGCGUGGGGAGAACUGGACGUUCCAAGAGAACAAUCCAGUGAAGAAAUCCCUGAAGAUCUGUUUCACUUGCACUACUUUCUUGCACUGGUUUUAACGGUGCUAUUGCACAUCACUAGACUCUUCCAUAAUUAUUUUGACUGCAUCUCAGAUUUUAACUAAAUCUGUCCAAUGAGCUUUUAAUCCCACAUACAAAUUGAGUGGCUCAGUCAGCUUCUCUCCCUUGCAAUUGCUUCUUCCCACAUCCCCCCCCACCAGAGGAAAAACAGCUGUUCACUAUGACAAUAAUGACGGUGGAAUAAGUAUCUAAAGAUUUCUCCUUGUGCUUUACCAGACUUCUUGAAGCACUGACAGCCCUUCACCAAGAAAACCCAAAGGAAAAGAAACCAAGACAAAGUUAUGAUGAAUCUUGACAUUUAGAACAUGGACGUGAGAGACAGAGAAAGAGGUGCUUCUUUUGAGCAUGCGGUUUUAAUUCUUUAAAGGACUGCUUUUAUUUUUACUACUUGAAUCCUAAUGUCAUUAAGAAAAAAAGCUAAUGUGUGUUGUGAUGCAGUAGCAAUAGUCAUAGCAUGGGGAAAGAUCAGAGCGCCGAUGAAAUGAGUCUUUAUAUUUUUCAAAUCCAGUAAUUUGAGAUAAAGCUCGUCUUGAACUUCUUAAAUUAACUUCUGUGUCUAAUUUUUUUGGCUCUACUAGUAGUGCAAAUUUGGUCCCAAAUAUACAUGUGUUCAAGAUUACUAUCAGAAAUUUUCAGAACAACAAAUCUGUGCAUUCUCCCUUCAAUUCAGUGUCAUGGUCAAGAGAUAAGUACCUCUAAUUUUAACCUUCUGCUGACCA